AUGAACACCGGUCUCAUUGACAGCCGCUUCCUCUCCAAGCCCGAGGAGCUUGGUGUUGUUGCUGUUGGAUUCUCUGGCGGUCAGCCCAAGGCCGGUGUCGACGACGGCCCUUCCGUGCUUAUCGAGGCUGGUCUCCUUACUGAGAUCCGAGAGGAGCUCGGCUACAAGAUCUUUGGCGAUGAGAAGGUCCAGCAAUUCGACGACAUCAUCCCCGAGUCGGACCCCGACUACCGUGGCAUGAAGAAGGCCCGCCAUGCCUCGGCCGUCACCCGCAAGAUCGCCUCCCAGACCUAUGAGCACUCCCGCGAGGGCCGCAUGACUCUCACCCUCGGUGGUGACCACAGCAUUGCCAUUGGAACCAUUGCCGGCACUGCCAAGGCCACCCGUGAGCGCCUCAACCGCGAGAUCGCCGUCAUCUGGGUCGAUGCUCACUCCGACAUCAACACCCCUGAGAGCAGCGACAGCGGUAACAUCCACGGCAUGCCCGUGGCCUUCCUCACUGGCCUUGCCAAGGAUGACAACGAGGAGUACUUUGGAUGGAUUGAGGAUGACAUGCGCCUGAGCGUUAAGAAGCUCGUCUACAUUGGUCUCCGCUCUGUCGAUGUUGGCGAGCGAAAGAUCCUCCGUGAGCACGGCAUCAAGGCCUUUAGCAUGCACGAUGUCGACCGCCACGGCAUUGGCCGCGUCGUCGAGAUGGCCCUCGCCCACAUCGGCAACGACACCCCCAUCCACCUGUCCUUCGAUGUCGACGCCCUCGACCCCAUGUGGGCUCCCAGCACCGGAACUCCCGUCCGAGGCGGCCUCACACUCCGCGAGGGUGACUACAUCUGCGAGGCCGUGCACCAGACCGGCAACCUUGUGGCCGUCGACCUGGUCGAGGUGAACCCCAAGCUCGCCGAUGGCGCGCAGGCUGAGCAGGACACUAUCCGUGCCGGCUGCUCCCUGGUGCGAUGCGCCCUUGGUGAGACCCUCCUGUAA